UUCAGCAUUCAGUCUUCGGUGCUCCUCUUCCUCUCUACUCUCUAUCUGCACGGUACCUGUCCGACGCGUCGUCUCACACCACCGCCGCCUUCACCCACCCCCGCGAUCACUGUUCCCCGAGAUAUGGAUUUGAUAGUGCGACAGGUACUGCUCGCCCUGAUGGCGAGCAUCAGCAUCGUGCAUUGCGAGCCACCCCUCAGCAAUCAGUAUGGCGUUCCCGGAAAUUACGCAGGUGGAAGUCAUCAUGGUACACAAGGUGAUGGGAACGGAUUCGGAGGCCAUUAUGAUGGACAUGAUAAUCAAGAUUACGCAAAUAAUGAGCCCAAGAGCUACGAAUUCGGCUAUUCCGUGAAGGACGACGCUACCGGAAACGACUUUGGCAGACGCGAGACGAGCGAUGGCGAGACCGUGCGCGGCGAGUACAGAGUGCAGUUACCGGAUGGUAGGACCCAAAUAGUCACCUACACCGCCGACUGGAGGACCGGUUUCCACGCGGACGUGAGGUACGAGGGUACUGCGACCUAUCCGGAUCAAUACAACACACAGGGGUACAACGCCGGUCAGGGUAUCGGCUACCAGGGGAAUCAGAUCGGCGGCGGUGGAGGUGGAUUUACCGGAGCAGGUAGCAGCCAGGGCGGUUACAAUUAUCAACAAUCAAGCGGUGGACAGUACGCAAACAGCGCCAACAAUUACAACUAUCAAGUCGGCUCCAAUUCCAUAGAUAGCUAUUCUAACAAUUUCGGUGCGAGGAACACUUACUCGGGAAUACCAUCACCCACAUACGGUCCUGCUUUUCAUUAGAAUAUAUAAGACAAUAUUAUCAUAGGAUUACCGAUUUCGUUUGAGUGUAAUCUUUUUUUUUAAAUAA